GGAGGCAGCAGGUUAGGUUGCGCUGCGCAUGCCCGGGCCCGGGAGCGCUGAUUGACAGGUUGAGGGCAGCACGGCCACUGCUCGGUCACUGGGACACACACAGAGGCUGCUGCAUGAAAAUCACCGACUCUGCACAGCAAAGGGCGGCCUGGAAUGCUGAGCUCUGAUCAUUUGCUCCUGCACAAUGUUGACCGUAAAGAGACCGGCUCUCCUGCUGAAUUCCGCCCGCUCCAAGCCGUUCAGCGGGCUGUACUCUCACUGCCUGCAGUCCGCUUGCUCCUCCAGCCACGGGCAGGGCCGGCGUGAGGCCGAACUGCUGGCUGCAUGGAGGAGGCAGGUUGGCAGUGCCCUGCGGUGGGCUCUUGGCCUCCUGAGGGAAGGCUGGAGUGCAGCGGGAGCCAUGGCCCCGAGGGGCGAGAGGAAGAAGAUGGUGUCCAUCCUGGCCAGCCAGUGCAGCUAUGUGACUGGGCAGAGGCUGCGGCGAGCGCAGCAGAUCGGGCAGCUCUACAACAACCUGUACUCGGAGCGCUCCCGCAAGAGCCUCUUCACCAACCUCUGGCGCAAAUUCCAGAGCAGACACUCGGGAUCUGGCAAGCUGGUGAUGGCUUUUGCGGCUGUUUUCAUGUGGGACGAAGAGAAGAUCCAUGACGAGGAGUUGCAAAGGUGCGUGAAUGAUUUCAGAGACGUGGACUCGCUGAUGGAGGAGAAGCCGCCGGGGAGAGCACCCGUGUCAUGCGAGGAACAUCACCGGCACGGCAAUGCGUGGGAACUGGUGAUGGCCCAGUGCAGCUUCCGACUGUGGCGCCGGCCUAUCCCGGGCAGCCACCUCUACCAGUACCGAGUUUAUGGAACAUACACGGACGUUACCCCACGGCAGUUCUUCAACGUGCAGCUGGACACGGAGUACAGGAAGAAAUGGGACGAGCUGGUGAUUAAGCUGGAAGUGGUGGAGCGAGAUGAGGCGUCCGGCUCCGAGGUUGUCCACUGGGUCACACAUUUCCCGUACCCCAUGUACUCGAGGGAUUACCUCUACAUCAGACGCUACCAUGUGGACGAACAAAACAACACAAUGGUGAUGUUAUCCAGGGCUGUGGAGCAUCCGCAUGUGCCCGAACACCCCAACUGUGUGCGGGUCACGUCGUACGAGUCCCGGAUGGUCAUCAAGCCACACCGGUCAUUUGAUGAGAACGGCUUUGAUUACCUGCUCACCUACAGCGAUGAUCCACAGACCGUCUUCCCACGUUAUUGUGUCAGCUGGAUGAUGUCCAGUGGGAUGCCCGACUUCCUGGAUAAACUUCAUGCGGCAGCGGUCCGAGCCAAGAACAUGGAGAUCAAGAUUAAGGACUACAUCAGCGUGAGGAACUCGGAGAGCAUGUUGCAGCACUCUGAGCGCAAGGACAGUAGCUGCAACUCGCAGCAGAUGGACUACGCCUAGUCCCCAGGCCGGGGCCGGGCACAGCCACCAGGUGCCACCACCCCAGGCACCCUUGGUUCAUCACCCACUGGGGGCCCACCAGCCUUCCAGGAAUCGGACUGCUUGUCAGAGCAGAGAGCAGCACUGGUGCAAGAUGGGCGGAGAGACUCCCCGGCCUACGGUGCAAGGAGUUGUGUUGCCUGCUGACGUGUACUAACAGCCACCGCUUGUGAACUGGAAGGUUAGAGCCAGGUCAGGACUGGGGCAGAGCCUGCCUGGGUUAAGUCACCGACCAAACUGACUGCAUCCAGUUGAGGUGAUGAUUGUAUUUGAUGCCGGAUGGAUGGGAUGGGAUGAGGAGAGGGGAUGGGGUGAGGGGCGUUCUCCUGUCGUGUGUCGGUGUGUUUGCAUGUCCGUAACCGUGUGCUGGAAAUACUCGCUCUGCUCUUUUUUUAAACUGAUUGGUUGAUUAACACGAGGUCGAGGUUGCUGUUGUACUUCACUCAACCCUUCAGUUCACAUAUUGGGUGAAGAAUUUUGAAAUAAAGCCUGUUAUUUUGUAACGAC